AUGGAGCAGGAAAAAAAAGAAUGCGGAGCAUCGUACUUCGACAGAAGUUACACACAAGCUUCUGUCAAUGUCUUGAGUAGUCCCCCAUGGACUGGUGAUACACUGAUGUGGUUGACGCAACUAGAGGCAACCUUCAGAGCCAACAGAAUAGCGAACGAAGAACAGAAGUACAACAUCAUGCUUAGUAACUUGCCGCCACCGCUAAGCAAUGAAAUCAGGGAUCUGUUACUGAACCCUAUGGAACCGGUGUCAUAUUCUUCGAUUAAGGAAGAAAUAUUGAAGUGCACGUCUAGUUCCAAGCAAAAGGAAUUUGCGAAAUUGUUUAACGGUGAAGAGCUGGGUAAUAGAAAACCCACGCAACUGUUGAGAAGGAUGAACGAACUGCUGGGGAACCAGCAAAUAGAGGAAUCGUACCUCAAAGAGGUAUUUUUCAACAAACUGCCGCAUAAAACACAAACCUUGCUCUCGGCAGUAAAAACCAGAACUCAAUCCAACAGUUGGCGGACCUAG